AGAGAAUUAAAUUUAAAAUUUCCAAAUUCAACUAAUGAUGAAUUUAUGAAAAUUUUUGAUAAUUUAAUAUCAAGAAAUUUUUUAUCUAAAGUAGUAAAAGAUUUCAAAUUGGAUAAAUUGUUACCUGAUGUUAAUAAUUUUAAUAUGAAUAAUGAUAAUUUUGAUGAAAUGAUGGGGAUUUAUUAUUCAGGAAUGUUAUUUAAUGGGAUGGAAAAAGAAAUGAAGAAAUUUACUUUAGAUGUAAUUGAUUAUUAUUUUGCAAAGAGUGAAAAUAAAUUCACAAUUGCAGAAAAAGGUGAUAAUCAAACAUUCAUUAAAGAAAAAAUUGAUGAUGGAUUUGUCAAAGAAAAUAUCGCAAAAAAAGAUACCGAAGUAAUUAAAGAGAAUAAGAAAGAAGUAAAGCCGAAAGAAAUUAAAAAGUAUAAGAGAAAAGCAAAUAACAAUUUCGCAUCUGGUAUUAAAAACAAGAAGCUAAGAGGAAGAAAUUUAUUAACGGAUAACUAGAUAUCUUAUCUUAUCAUAAUGUUUGGUUUUUUUUAUAAUAAAUUAUAAUUUGAAGGUUGAUAUGUGGACUUUGUCUCAAUUUUUUUUUCUUAUCUUUGAGUUCCAAUCCAAAGAAAUUUCAUCAAUUAUUAGCGAGUGUGGGAUUUUUCCAAUGGUCUACUCAAGCUGGGAAUGUAUUAAGUCGGCCAAUCAUAUCUGAACACUCGUUUACAUUUACAUCUAGUAUAAAUUAUUGACUCAUUAUAACACGUUUUUGUAAAUAUAAAACUGAAAAUUAACUAAAUUCGGUUUCAUAAAGUGACACAAAGAAAAUGUGAUCAACAUUUGUGCAUUAUAGGACUAGAAGUACUAUAAGUAAGUUAAUAAAAUUGUG